AUGGACUGUGAGAAUGGCACAGACAUUGUUGAGUUUGUCCUUCUGGGUCUCUCCACUCAGCCGGAGCACCAGCCUCUCUUCUUCCUCAUCUUUCUUCUGAUGUAUUUGGCAGGACUUCUGGGAAACAUCAUGAUGAUCGUUCUCAUCACUCUGGAUGCUCGACUCCAGACUCCUAUGUACUUCCUGCUACGUAGCCUCUCUGUGGUGGAUGUGGGCUUCAUCUCAGUCACAGUGCCCCAGAUGCUGGCUCACCUCAUUUCCUCUUCCAAGACUAUCCCUUUCUAUUCCUGCAUGGCUCAGUUCUUUUUCUUCUAUAUAUUUGGUGUCACCGACCUUCUCAUGGUAAGCAUCAUGGCUCUGGAUCGCUUUGUUGCUAUUUGUAAUCCACUCCAUUAUGUUACAGUGAUGAACCAGAAGUUCUGUAGACACUUGGUGGCUGGCUGCUGGAUUGUUUCCACCCUCCACUCUGUGCUCCAUGCUGGCCUCCUCUUACGUCUCAGUUACCGUGGAGACAAUCACCUCACCCAUUACUUCUGUGACCAUCAGCCUUUGCUACAGUUGUCAUGUUCAGAUAUCAGCAUGAAUGAAGCAGCCAUCUUUUUUGAAGGUGUAGUUGUAAUUCUCGGACCUUUUGUUUUCAUCAUUGUCACCUAUGCCCGCAUUGUGGCAGCUGUAAUUAAGUUCUCUUCCUCAGGGAGGCGCAAAGCCUUUUCUACUUGUAGCUCCCAUCUCACCAUAGUGGUGCUCUUCUAUGGGGCCAUAAUUGGUGUCUACUUUCUGCCCACAUCUACCUACUCAUCUCAGCAUGGGACUAUAUUUGCUGUUAUGUACACUGUUAUCACCCCAAUGUCCAACCCUUACAUCUACAGCCUCAGAAAUAAAGAUGUCAAAGAGGCCCUGAGGGACCUCCUGGGAAAGAGGGUCUUUUCUCAUUAG